AUGGCAUCUUCCCUCGACUUAGCCGAACUAGUACAAGCUAUUUUCGAACUGAAAGACCUCAAUAAUGAAGACCAACUCCACGCAAUUCGGCAAGCUGUCACUGCCAACCUUGAAACGGCGAAAGAGAUACAACGUGUGGCCAUGACGCAGUUGACGGAUGGCGAACGCAGUGACCACAUAAUGCAGCCAGUAAUCACAAAUCCAGAUUACGAGAAAGCUCGCCAAACUUACAAAGAGAUCUCUGGCUCGCUUGUUGGACUGCCUUGGGAGGUCUUUACUGCUGUCAAUACAGAAGUCUUGUUGAGAGGAUUGCUUGAGGCGCUGAAUGCCAGAAAUGAGUCCGAGUUGGUGAAUCAUGCCACACGGCUAGGACGAGUUGUUUUAACCGAUCAGGAGAUAAUCCGAGGUAGAGGUGGCGAGUGA